GCAAUCCAAUCCAAUCCCAACAGCAACACAGACGCAUUUGAUCAAUGCAUUUGAUGCUGAUUUGAUGCGGUUUGAUGAUUCGAUGCUUGGCGGAGUGCACAGUCAGGGGGGUUCUCAGCGUGAUUCAAGCUAAGAGGCGGUGUCUCCGACAGUCAUGAGCGUCGAAAACAGACCACCUCGUCUGGAGAACCUGGACAACUCGGCGGCGCGACGUCCCGCCGAUGAAGAGGACGCCAACGGCGGGGGGGCGAGUGGCUCUGCGUCACCCGUCGCGCCCCCCGACCUCGCGGACUCCGACGACGACGACCUUCACGACGUCAUGACGGCCUCCUACAGCGAGAUCUGUCUGGACGAGGACGACGACGGGGAUCUGCUUCCGGGCGAGAUCUCCGACCUAGCCGAAGUCCAAGACGCCACGCAGGGCAUCAACCGACUGGUCGACGAAAUCAACCGCGAAGAAGACCGUGACGGCGCCCAACCGAGGCCGCAGACGCUUGGCUUGAGGUCGCCUCCGGUGGCUGGGUCGUCGGCCCGCUGCCGGCCCGUGUCGGACAGUCAGGCGACCAGUCCGUGCUCGUCCAUGCUCAGUGCCGAAGAGGCGCUCGAAGACGGCGCUUUGGUGCACGGGAGGUACGGCAGCGAGGCGAGCGGUCUGUCCGAUCUUCAAGGGACGCUGACGUACGAGGGUGACAUGGUCAACUUCGUCGCCGAAGACUUGCAGGAGAAGAUCAAGCUGAGCAGCCCCGUCACCAAGUUGGCAGAGGGCCUGCCGUCGUUCCCGACGUCGCGCUCCUCCACUCCCAGCCUGUACAAGCAGCUGCUCGCUCCGCAGCUUGCCCUCGUGGACCCCACGGUGUUGGCCGACCUGGAGGGCGAAGCAAGGACCGUGGCCGCUUCCGUCGACUCCCUGCUUCAGAGCCUCAGCGCAAACAUGCACAGUAUCUCGUCCAUGACCGUCGACUGCAUUCGCCUGUAUGAAAGAGGAAUGUGCAAGACGUGCGAUGUGGCAGACUCAAACAUCAAGGCAAUGUACCAGCUGAUGGCCAAACACGAAGAAGUGAGCAACUCCAUGAAGCCCCUGUACAGCCUGGCAAACCAAGUCAAAAACAUCAAGAAGCUGUUGGAUCACUUCGAGAAUGCCGUGGAAGGAAAGACCUGACACCAAACGUUUUCAGAGAGCAACAUAUUUUCUUUAUUUAUGGCGUCUAUUAAAAGAUGUUGCAUUA